GACCAAAUAUGAGCCUCUAUUUUAUAUUUUUAGACAGCCCCAUAAAAUUUAGGGGUCCGAAAUUUUCUUCGGACUCCAGUCAGCUGGACCAAAUGAUGGCCCCUAAAUCAAUGUGGCUAAUGGGACCCAGCUGUCAGCGAAACGCCCCGUCCUCCCUCUCCUCGCGGUCGCGCCGCCUCUUCCCUGCGCCGCCGCGCCCGCCUCUCCCCCGCGCCGCCGCGGCCGCCUCGCCCCGUGCCGCGCCGGCCGGACCCCUACAAGCUGCUACCCUUUCGCUUUCCCAUCGCUCUCGCUGGCCCUCUUUCCUUCCCGGUCGGCUUCCCCUCCGCCCGCCGUCCCCGUCUGCGGGAAUCCAGCUCCAGCUCCUCCUCGCCACAGCCUCGCCGCCGUCCCCCUUGUUGAGCUGCCAGAGCGCGCUGACGAGCUUCCGCGCCGACGCCGUGGACCGCAUCUACGUCGGCGUGGCCGUAGCGGCCGUGCAGGUUCCACGACAACUCCGACAUCCUCCUCUCCCUCCCGCUGCUCGCGCACGGCGACGCGCCGGUGCCGGCGCCGCCUCCCUUCCGGUGGCCGACCAACGCAGCGCUUGCGGAUCUUGGUGGCGGCGGCGGAAGCUCCUCAGCAUCGGUCAGCUCAGCGGCGGCUUCCCUCAGCUCAGCUCAGCUCCUCACGGUCAGCUCAGCGGCGGCUUCCCUCAGCAUCGCAGUCCUGGAUUCGGACACCAGCCGGUAAAGACGAUGGCUUCUUCUCGUCACGAGCAACAUUGCUUAUACAAGAACCAAUUGAAAACCUAGAGCAUUGAGACAAUCAGACUUGGAGAGAGCAAGAAACUGUGCUAUAUCCUUGAGACAAUCUAGAAAGGGCAAGAAGGCUGCAAGCUCAGGACUACUUCACACCUGCCAAAUUAGUCCUAUAUCCUUGGUUCUGUACCAUGCACAUUGAUACAUAAAACUGUGCUGAAUUCCUUAUGAAAAAUAGUAAAAGAUGUCUUCUAUUUGUCCCUGGUUGUAAGGUGUACCAACUCUGAAUUCUCUCUUCUGUAUUAUUGUCUGAUGUAUAAAAGAUAAGAUUUCUCUUCUGUUGGAUA